GCAAGGUCCGGUGGCGACUCUAAGCAUUUAUCUGUUCAGUUCAGUCCUAAUAUGUGACUGUGGACCCUUCCUCCUCCCUCCUCCCAGUUGCCACCGCUGAGCAGUGCAGUCCAGUGCAGCGUCUAACAUCUCAAUAAAAGGCGACCAGACGCGUUAGAAAGAGCAUGGCUGCUGCCAGUGGCUCUGAUUUAUCUUCAGAAAUGGAGGUGGAUGCUUUUAGACGUCUUUUCCCUCUGAGUUUUCAUGAGCGCCAUCUGCUUAAAUCUAUUAGACCUGAUGGCAGGACCCUUGGAAAAGCUAGAGACACAAUCAUAUCCGUUGGAGCUGUUACAUCGGCAAAUGGAUCUGCACUAACAAAGAUAGGCUGUACGACCAUGUUGGCUGCCAUUAAAUUGGAGGUUAUGACACCUACAGUGGAGUCACCAGAUGAGGGAUGCAUAGCUAUAGAUUUUCAUAUGCCCCCAAUAUGUUCUCCUAUUGUUCGGCCUGGGAGGCCAGCAGAGGCCGCUCCAGUUGUGGCAAAGCAGUUAUCUGGCACUAUUUUGAGUUCUGGCAUGAUUGAUUUGAAAGAAUUGUCUUUGGUCAGUGGGAAAGCUGCUUGGAUGGCUUACCUGGACAUAUAUUGUUUGGAUGCUGAUGGUUCCCUUUUUGAUGCUGCAUUGCUUUCUGCAGUUGCUGCCUUUUCACAUUUGCAAAUUCCUGUAGUUUCUCUGAAUGAUGAGGGAAGAAUUGUGCUUAUUUCUGAGGAUAAUGGGGGAGGGAAGUUGGAGAAGGAGCCAGUCAAUAAAGAAAAAAGGAAGCUCAAGUUGGCUACAAUACCAUUGUCCUUAACUUGCAUACUUCACAAGAAUUACAUCCUGGCAGAUCCUACAGCAGAGGAAGAAUCCAUAAUGGAGACACUUGUGACUGUGGUAUUGGAUUCCUCCAGUCAAUUGGUUUCUCUUUACAAACCAGGUGGACCAGUUCUUGCCCAAACGUCAGCUAUUCAGGAUUGCGUUGCAUUAACAAGACAGAGACUGAAGGAACUUCAAAAGAUCUUAAAUGAAGCAAUUUCUGAUAUGGAGGUGGACUAAAAGCAGGAGUAACUUGUGAAUCCAUCGGUAUCUAGGUUUUAAUGGUAUUCGUUUCUUCAUACCCUUUAGCUUCCUUGGUUGAGAAUGAAAUGAGCAGCAAAAUAUCACAGAGGACUGUGUUUUAGCCAAUCUUUUUGCAGGGAUUAUAGUUGGAAAGGAAUUAGACAAAUGGCAAUUUCAUGGUGAGCUUGUAAAGAAUCCUUGUGACUAAAAAAAUCGUAUUUUGCAUUAUGGCACCAUUGACUUCUAUGGAUACUAGUUAUGGCCUGGAUGGCUGGAUCCUAUACAAAGUAAGUAUAAACCUCACUUUCCCUGGUGCC